AUGCCCUUCACGGUGCCAGACUCGACUCCACCUUCGACUCCGGACAAGUCACGAAGUCUUUUUAGCAACCCUUCGACAACUCCCGCAGGUCCUCCGCCGCCCUCGUCCCCUGGCUCUUUCACCCCGCAUGGAAUUCCAAAUUCGUCGACCUUUGGUAACUCGAGAAUGGGAUCGAUGUCGAAUCUCAAUUUCUCCGAGUCUACAUUUAGUCAGUCUGGCAACUUUGGAGGGAACGAUAGUCUGCUCUCAUCCUUUUCUUCGUCGUCAAAGCUUCCUCCGCUACAAAAUAAUACGAAAAGCUCGAUUUUCUCGGGCUCUUUUGGCAAACAGGCGUCCUUCAAGCCUGUGAACACUGCAAACAAUUUGAAGGUGCGGAACAGGAAGCCACAUGGGUUGAGCCAAAUGAGUGCAGCAAGUGAGGAUUGGGAAGAUGAAGAAGGCGACGAGGAAGAAGAGGAAGAAGAAAACGAGGAGGAGGAGGAAGAGGAAGAAGAAGAAGAAGAAUAUGUUGAUGAUGAAGGUGAAGGAGCCGAAGAAGGCGAAGAAGGCGAAGAAGAGUACGAAGAUGAAGAAGAAAUGGAGGAAGACGACGAUGAACAAGAGGACAGAGAAAGUGAUUGCGAUAUGGAAAUGGACGCCACUAGCAAUUUCUCAGGGCUACAGAACGAAUUCUCAAACUCGAUUUUUAGCAAGAGUUUUGGCCCAGCCCCGGCACAGAAGAGAAUAUAUUCCAACCCCAACAACGCCAAACGCGCAAAACUUGACGAAAAAUGGGCUACGUCAUCCCCUACCACUGGGAAAGAUGUACCUAGCCCACGAAAGAAGCCAUCUCAAUUCCCAUCUGUUGCUCGCGAUUUAGCCUCACGUGCCAAACCCGCAGCUGUUACGGAAUCUGGAGAAGUAGUAAUCUCGACAAACGAGCAUGUUUGUGAGUUGCUAGACAAGCUUCAGGCCACCGAAAUAGGAGAAAACGAUGCCUCCGCUUUGGUUUCUGAAGCAACUGCUGCUUUGACCGAUUUAUGGGGUGCUGCAUGCGAGAAGAAGAGGGAACAGAGCGGUCGACAUAGACCUUUGGACGAUUUUGGUCCCGGCCCAAAUGCAACGGGUCUUGAAAAAGCUACUGUUCUUGCAUCCCUUCUACUACGCUUACAUCAUCCUCCCGUCAAGGACUCUAGCAGUCGCGACUUCAAAUUUCCAACUGGCCGUAUUCCCACUCAGAGUCUUGUUCUUUCUGCACCUGGUACCAAGACACUCGUUUCUAUCCCUAAGGUUAUAGUCGACUGGCUUAAUGAGAACCAUCUUGGCUCCAUGCAUGAAAUUGAGGCGUUACAGCAGACCAGCCCUAACCCCACUGCUUCCCCGGACUUCUGGGAGAUUGUCCAGGCUGGAGUGCUCCGUGGUCGAUUUGGUGAUAUGGCUGCACUUCUUCGGUCUGCGGAUUUCAACUACGCUCGUUCGGCACUGCAAGAUGGUUUCUCCCAACCUGGAUAUCGCGGGAUGCAGUUACAAAGUGUUCAGAAGGCGGUCAACAAAGUUAUUCAGAUGCUUGAGGCAUCUCCCAUUAACCGGGAUGACGACUGGGAUGUCACCGGCUUUGAGUGGGCUGCCUACAGAAAACGAGUCCAUUCGGCUCGAGCAGAGCUGCAAGAGUUCGCUGAAGGCGAGAAUGCCGGUCAGCAGCCAGGUGGCCUUAGAUUUGAAGCUUCCCAAUUCGGCGUGUCUCAAAAUUUCGCUCCUGCGCAGUCAGGAUUCUCAUUCACACAAUCGUUGCGCAUGGCAGAGAGCCGGAUACCAUGGUCAAUCUACCAGGGCAUUAAUAAUAUCUAUGGCGUUGUUCUUGGUGAAAUGACAGCGAUUAUGUCUGUCGCUCAGGACUGGGUCGAGUCGACAAUUGGUUUGACAACAUGGUGGGAUGGGCAGGAGAAUAAAAAGAACAAGAACUCACGAUCUCUUCACAUCGGCGCCGUGGGAACAGAUGCCCAAGAUAAAUAUCUGCAACGACUAGAUGAUAGUUUUGCAGCCGCCACAGAGGGUGCCGAGGCGAAGUCGCGGCCUAAUCCUCUUGAUCCACUAGAUGUUGGAGUGGCUUGUGUUUUUGAAGGAAACGUCAUUGGAGCUGUCAAAUUGCUUGAAACAUGGUCAUUGUGCGUCGCUGCAACUGUUGCCGAAAUAGCACAUGAGGGCAGGUGGUUGGACGUGUCUUCAGUCAAACCGUCUUUACCAGACUUUCUCAACCAGAACGACCUGAUGGUGCUGUCUUAUGGGCAGGAUGACAACUCUGCCGUAGACCGGCUAAGUAAGGAUGAUGUCUUGGAUGCUUACUCAUCUGGAUUGAGCUACAGGGAUCAGUUUCAAUACAAUGGAAUAACUCGCAAAGGCUGGGAAAUGGGAUUGGAGAUCCUCAGCAGAAUGGAUGACACUAACCGAACCAAAGAGAGAGUCUCUGUUCUGUUGGACCAGAUUCCUGUUGGCAAAAUAGAAGAAGUGGAGCAAGUGAUUAUUCUAUGUGGCGACCUCGGAUUCGAGGAUGAAGGUCGAAAGAUCGCUGCUAAUUUUGGAGAACAAAUCAUAGCAGCCGGUCUAUCUCAUGCAGAUUGUGACUAUGGGCUUGCGAUGAUUUGUUUUGCGCGAGCACGUUCCAUUCGCAAAGUGAAGGAAAUUGCAAACAACCUCAUAUCUUAUUCCUUACAACAAUCUCGCGCUUGGCCACCAGAUGAGCAGCUCGGAGGCCAGCUGCGAUCUUUAGUUAAGAAUCCCAAAGUGUGCCUAUCAUCCAUUGCAAAGUUCGACAGUGAGGCAGCCCAGAUCCUGCAAUUUUACGCUAGUGGCUACGCUACACUGCGUCGAUUUUAUGAUCUUCGCGACGAGCCAGUGUUAUCGACAGACAGUCGGCUUCAGUUACGCCCACAAGCUAGAAAACGAGCCGCAGCCGAAGCCCUAGUUGCAGUGAUUCGAAGCUCGGCUGAUAGCAUUUAUGGCGGUCUUUACGACGUCGAACGAGACUCUGCCGUGCUUGUUGACAAUCUAUUGGCCCUUUUGGGCGAGGCCAUAAUUUUUGUCAAUCCAGAAAAACCAUCUUUUCUUUCCAUUGAGCAGCAAUCCAACAUCCUAGCGGCUAUCGAAGAUCUCGAAACCGUCACACCUCGGGUCUUUGCGGCCGCGCAAGAAUUCUUUUAUGAAUGUCUCAAUGAAUACAUAUUCGAGAAAACGGGAGAAACGCGCAAAGCAUCUUGCUCUUCUUCACCAGCCUCAUCAUCACUGGCGACAGCAGCCGGUCUAAAGAAAUCAACGUCCGGUCUGACAGCCUCAAGCAGCAGCUUCUCCAUGAUCGAUAGCCACAUGGCCGAGUCAUCGAUCACAAAUAAAACCAACGCCACCAACGCCUCUACUACUACUACAUCCGGGGUGGUGAUUCCUAAACCGGACACGGCCAAAAUAUACGCAACGCCAAUUCAGCGGGGGUGGGAUUGGCGCGUCGGCCUUGCUGAGUCGGCGGGAGCGGGCGAUGUUGAUAUGGAAGGGGGAGAGGACCAGAUCAGUCCGGACAAGAAGUUGCUUCGUGUAUUGCGAUUGCGCUUGGCGCAAGGGAUGACAUGGCGAUAA